CUCCGAUACAUUCAUCUCCAUUCGUCCUUUAGUAACUCCGAGGAGUGCAUCACCACAAGUCAUAGUCCGCUCCACUGCUCUCGAUACAUUCGCAUUAUCCACAUAUCGACUUACCCAUCCAGUUGCUCUCUUUCUUUCAUACUACCCUUCUGCUCAGUCAAAUGGCAGGUCUCAAUCCAGACUUCAACGACAUCAAAGCGAAUGCGGAGGCCAGAGUACAUUAUGAAAACGCUGCCCGAGACAAAGCUGCCAGAGUCAGCUCUCGUGCUCCUCCCCCGCGAUACUCAGACGUCUAUUCGUCUGGCCCUCUGCACAGAAUCAUAGGCGUGCGUCUGCCUUGCAAACCCCGCUCCACUCUCUGGGACCUCUCUAUCUCUGACGGCAAGAUUGCUUCGAUUGAGCCCUUCGUGUCGCGCCCCCAUGAUAUCGCUCACCUCCCCGGAGUCCUCGUUGGUACAGAAAGAUUGCUAGCUCCCUCACUCUGCCAUGCGCAUAUCCAUCUUGACAAGUGCUUCUUGCUUCAGGAUCCUAAGUUCCUUGAUCUGGAAAUAGAGACGGGUGACUUCACAGAAGCUAUGGAGCUGACCACGCAGGCCAAGUCGAGAUUCGAGGAGGACGAUCUUCUACGAAGAGGGAGACAGCUAAUCGAAGAGAGCAUCCACUUUGGCGUUACCGUCAUGAGGGCGUUCGUGGAAGUCGACGGGGACGUCCAAUUCAAAUGCCUCGAUGCCGGUCUCAAGCUUAAGAAGGAGUUUAAAGAGAGGUGUGAAGUGCAACUGUGCGCCUUCGCACAAUUACCGUUGUUCUCCGGCGAUGAUGGCGGGGAGAAGAUCCGAGACUUGAUGUCACAAGCUGCGCAUCGUGAAGGAGUCGAUGUCGUUGGAAGUACCCCCUACGUGGAGCAAGAUGAGGUCAAAAUGAAGAUGAAUAUUCGUUGGAUAAGUAUGAUGGCUUUAUUUAAUGGUAAACCGCUCGACCUGCACCUGGACUACAAUCUUGAGAAAAGUAAAGACCCUUUGAUUUGGUCGGCCUUGGAAAUCCUCAAAGGACGAAAUUGGACAGAAAGAGAGGGAAAGGGCAUAACCCUCGGCCACUGCACACGCCUAACCCUCUUUUCACCCGAAGACUGGCGCAAGCUGAAGGAGGAAAUUGGCGACCUUCCCGUCUCAUUUGUUGGUCUUCCAACCUCGGAUCUCUUCAUGAUGCGCGCCGAAUCUAGAGCGAGAGGUACGUUGCCUAUACCAGAGAUGAUUGAAGAGUACAAGCUCGAUGGGGCGAUUGCUGUAAACAAUGUCGGCAAUGCGUUCACUCCUCAGGGUAAUUGCGAUCCCUUGAGUGUUGCUAGCUUAGGCGUUGCUAUAUACCAGGCUGGUACUAAGAAAGAUGCCGAGGUGUUAUAUGAGUGUGUUUCGUCUCGGGCGAAAGCCGUGAUAGGAGUUCCAUCGACCUCACUCGACUUGGCCGUAGGAGACCCUGCCGACUUCGUGCUGUUCGAUCGACUUGAUAUAGGAUGGCGAUGUCGGACAACAAUCACAGAGGUGGUAUAUGACGCAGGUCCACACAGGCAAACGAUUUGGCAGGGGAAGUUGACUACAUUAUGAAGUACAUGCGCGCUUUUCCAACGCUGUUUGGGGUGGAACGACGCACAAGUAGAAUUAUAGACUAGUUGCGAAGCAUUUAAAAGCGUGAGUUAGAGAGCGCUCUAAGCGCUCGGAUCAAACUCAUCUUGUCGUUGCAUAACACGUUUUGCAAUAUACCUGCAGCUUGCUUUCAUCUGUCGCAAGUCUUUCACGUGCUUUAACAGAACUUUUCGAAGAAGAAACGCAGGAAGCAAGGUCUACAGUGCACUGCUCUAUGACUGUCUGAAGUCCUCCAACGCAUUAUAGAAAUAAAGAACGACAAUCUUGCCAAGCAUGAUAGCUCAUGAAGCCACCCUGGACAUUAUCGCCAU